AUGAACAAGGACGUCCUCAUAUUGAUGGCUGCCUACGAGGGCAACAUCGGCGCCGCCAUCAGCGCAAGGUUCAUCAUGAACAACGACCUCUCCUCCGUCUUCGACCUGGCGCGGCCAUACCUGAUCUGGUACCCGCUCUGGCCCCAGCGCGAGACCCUUGAGGAGCUCGCGGAAAUGUGCCCCUCGAUGCGCCUGCAGGUGGCGCACGCCUGCAUCGUCGCCGACUACCGCAUGCAGUAUGACAAGCUGCAGAUACGGCCCAGCUGGAUCCUGUGGCAGGAGGCGAAGAACAGCCACAACCCCUACUACAAGGAGGACCUGGAGCGCCGGUCUGCAGAGCUUGGAUUCGACGUGAGCAGCACCUCAGAGGAGAACAAAGUUCUCGGUGCCUAUAUCAACCCCUGGUGCACCAACCGCGAUAAGGAGCCCACCGACCGUUUCCUGUGGCAUGAGCUGUCCGCCGUCGAUGUGCCAGUGGUGAACUGGCAGGGGGGAGGCAUAUACGGUGACGGAUAUCAGGCUAAUGCGAAGGACUACAAUCUGUUUAUAUGCACAUCAGCAGCGUUGAGGGCCCAGCUACCCAAGCACGGAGAUGGCUGGACACUGUAUGAGGGGUAUGAGUGA